UGUACACGAGUACACAACUCAAAGAAACUACACAAAAAACAAAUAAAAAACAAAAAGUUACUAAAAAAUAUAAAUAAGCAAAAUAAGAGCUAAGAUUAAUUGAUUUUUUCGAGUGUAUACCAUCGUACGCAAAAAACCUAUACAAGUACAAUAUAAUAUUCAUAAUAAAAACAAAUAGCUCUAUAAUGGAAACCAUAACAACUGACGAUGCUAAGAAUGAAAUACUAAAGGAUGAAGUACCAAAGGAUCAAGUAGUGCAGGAUCAAGUAGUGCAGGAUCAAGUAGUGCAGGAUCAAGUAGUGCAGGAUCAAGUAGUGCAGGAUCAAGUAUUGCAGGAUCCAGGUUUGCAGAAUAAAGUGUUGCAGGAUGGAGUGUUGCAGGAGGAAGUGGUGCAGGAUAAAGAAAUGCAGGUUGGCGUAUUGCAGAUUGAAGUAUCGCAGGAGGAGAUGUUGCAGGAUAAAGUGUUGCAGGUUAAAGAUUCGGCAGAUUCGGAAAGCAUGUAUCGGGAGAGUGAAAUGCUAUUGCAGGAAGCCAAAAAGGAGGAGAGGAGGUUGAUAAUGAGGGACGCCUUGGAGCGACUGAGACAGCGCGAUGAGGAAACGAAGCUGGCUGCAGAAAAGGCAGAAAGUGAACACCAGAUGGUGGAAUCAAGCAAGGAAAAAUCUGCGGUCAGUAUACAAAGCCGGCCAUCUCAACUCGAAAAGAAGGAAGAGGAUGAGCAGUUGAUGUUGAGCAAGUUGGACGAUGAAAGCAGUACAACCAGCUCGAACUCAGAUGUUGAAUCCUUCACAGGAGCUUUGCUCAAGGUGGAUGCUGAAUACGAAGAGGAACCCAGUUUGAUAAAAUCCUCCUCGGAAUCAGAACCAGAACCAGAAACUCAGGAAUUACAAGAAGUACAAGAAAGCGUUGACCCUUUACGAUUGGCAGUUCAUACGCUAAUGUUAGUGCCCGAUAUAUCGGAAAUAUCGAUGCCAUUUGAACCCCUAAAAGAAAAUAAAUCUUUAAAGUCAAUAAAAUCAGAGAGGUUGCAAAGUCAAGGUCAGUUUAAGGAUGCCCUGGAUAUGAAAGGCUCCGAUUCCGAAUCGGGAUCAAGCGAAUCGGGCAGUGAUACCCAGUCUGCCGCCGGUGAUCAAAUGGUUGAAUCGGAAUCGCUUGAAGAGUCCUCUGGGGAUAUCGACUUACCAUACUCUAAGCCCACGCAGGAAGAGCCUGACCAAUUCUUAGAAGAGUUAUUUGCUGCCGCCGAGAGUAGACGUGAAACGAAUGUCACUGUACUGCCAGAUUCAAAAGCUUCAGAGUCUCAUCAGAUAGUUUACGAUUUUAUCAAUCAAUUGUUCGAUAAAGUGAUAGUAUUGGAGGCCCCUGGAAGCGAAGAUUAUCUGAGGAAGCGACUGGAUAAGAACAAGCUGUUGGUCGCUCUGCAGGAAGCCGUGAGUGAUUACAUCAUAAAUAACGAUAAUCACAAGCAGCUCGAAGACAGACUGAUCGAGUACCUCCGCCGAACGAAGAACAUGCGCGCCUUCGCCGAAUUGUCCUUUUCGGAGGCGAGGACCUACCGUGAACGCCAUCAAGAGGCUCUGGACAAUUUGGCUUCGAACAAAAAACGGUUGGAUGAUGUUAAGGAAAAGCAUUCCAUUCAGAUACAAAAAUCGUUAAUGGAACUCUCCCACGCCAUACACAUUGCAGUGAGCACGGAGGAGCAUCUUGAGCAGUCGGUGCGUCGCCUCCUGGUCCGACCGGAUGCGGAAACCGACUUCCUCAAGCGGUUCGUUUCCCGCGAGCUGAGACUGAUGGCCGAACACCGGAACCAAAUUAGCGACACGCGGCUAACGCUCAUCAAGCAGAAACAUACCCUUGGUCGCGUUAGAGAAAUUAUAAAAAAGAUAGAAACUCUAAGCGAAACGGUGAGCGUAAAGGACUACAUAAACGUGCAAACAAAAGUGCUGUCAUUACAAAAAAAAAUUGAAGAGCGAAACAUCGAACUGAAAAGGCAGCGAACCCAGUAUCACACGGAAUUGCAUUUGACCAAACAUCUCCGUGAAAAGAGCCUGGAGCUGAAGCAAAGUAUAGAAUAUCUUAAGGAGAAGCUGGAGGAAAAGAUGGAAAUGAGGCAUGAGGCGAAGGUUAGGCUGUAUAAGGCAAAAAUUGAGCACAAAAAAAUUAGGAGUAAUAUUAACGAGUGCACCUACCGAGGUGGCAUUUUGGCAAUGCCUGCAUUAUUGUACGAUUACGAUCGAACGGUGGAUUACAUAAAAGAAAAGAAGGAGAAAGUCACCAAUCUUAGGGAAACCCUGAAAUCCAUUACCGAUCACUUGCAAGCCGUGUCACUAAAGCAAAGUCAUUCAUUUUACAAGGCGUCUUUAAACAUAGCAUCAAAAUAAAUUUUUAUCAUAAAAAAAUCCACUAUUAUUAUUCUUUAAUACAAUAAACAACAGGUUUAAUUGGAAUAACCAAGACUUCCUACUCACAAGCUUAUGCAUCAAUAAUAACCCUGAGUUCCUAAAGAAAAUCUGUUAAUGAACCAUUAUAAAAAUAUAUUUCCCCCUCACAUUUUCAGUGUCAAGUUUGUUAUUUAUUUGCCUGUUUUUAUUUAUUCCUUAUAUAUGUUGAACAGAAAGAAACCAAGGGGAAAUAUCAUUUGGUUGUUCUCAUUAAUAUUUCAGGCAGCCAAUUGUUGGAAAAAUUGAAUUUCUAAAAAUAAAAAUUUGGUAUUCGGCACACUUUGUACUUAAUCACAUUUUUUUGGGUACUAUUUAAGUAUAAAACACUCAUUGUACGCUUCACUAAGUGAAAACUAAUGGCGGAAAUAUUUCAUUUGGGGACUGCAAAAACAACAUUUUAAAUAUAUAGGAAAUGUAAAUUAUAAAAUUGGCAAUUUUUCUUUUAACGAAUUAAUUCCUUAAAUUUAAAUUAAGGUUCCGAGAUGCUCUCGUGAAAUAUUUAUCACUUUUUAAAGGCUUACCAUCAAAGGACAGGUGCUAACAAAUUAAGAUAUAGGCAACUGCCAGCUGAAGGCGUGAAAUAUUUUCAAGAGCUGUCUGGCUCUUCUCGCUUUUGGCACCCUCAUAGUUGCACCUGCAAUACAUAGUUGUCUGCCUGCUUUCAAAGUGAGCAAUUUAACGCUUCGGACAGGUGAGUUUCGGCUCUUGCCUCUUGCAAAUUCCUGUCCUUACAUAUAGACGGAAUAUAGAUAGCCCAUCUCGAUGUUAACUCAGCCCAACGCUGAUAUUCUGACCUCGACACGCUUCGGUGGAAUUUUUCACAUCGCACACACUCAUCGGAGUGUGUUUAUGUUUGGUUUAUAACGCUGAUUCGAUGAUAUAUAUACAGCUAUACGUACAAAAGUCAUUUUUAGAACGCACCAUAGG